UCAAUUCCAAGAUGGAGAAAAUGAUUAAAAGGUUGCAAACUUUUGUCCAGAUAAAAGAUAUCAUUGGCUUGCAGAGAACUGUAAGUGAUAGAUUUUCUCGUAGAACCCCUUCAAGUUCAGUGGUAAAUGAAUCUGUCAUUGUGGGUAGGAAUGAUGAUAAAGAUGACUCAUCAAUAUGUUGGUAUCAGACUGUGGCACCAGUAGAAAUAAUAAUUUAGGUGUUGUUGCAAUCUUGGGUAUGGGAGGUGUCGGUAAAACAACCCUUGCACAACUUGUUUACAAUGAUGAAAAGGUUGAACACCAUUUUGAUCUCAAGGCCUGGGUUUAUGUAUCAGAGGAUUUCGAUGUUGUGAGAGUAACCAAGUCUCUCAUUGAAUCUGUUGUUAGAAAUACAUCAUCUUCUGCUUCAAAGGUCUGGGAAAGCAAUAAUCUUGAUAUCCUUCGAGUUCAGUUAAAGAAAAUCUCAAGGGAGAAGAGAUUUUUGUUUGUGUUGGAUGAUCUAUGGAAUGACAAUUACAAUGAUUGGGAUGAGCUAGUAAGUCCACUCAUUGAUGGAAAACCUGGAAGUAUGGUGAUUAUAACAACCCACCAACGAAAAGUUGCUGAGGUGGCACGCACAUUUCCUAUACAUAAACUAAAACUUUUAUCAAAUGAAGAUUGUUGGUCUUUACUCUCAAAGCAUGCAUUGGGAAGUGAUGAGUUUCACAAUAGUACAAACACAACCCUUGAAGAAAUAGGCAGAAAGAUUGCAAGAAAGUAUGGAGGAUUGCCAAUAGCUGCUAAAACAAUAGGAGGACUUCUACGUUCAAAGGUAGACAUAACAGAGUGGACUUCAAUUUUGAACAGCAACGUAUGGAACUUAUCAAAUGAUAAUAUUCUUCCUGCUUUGCAUUUGAGUUAUCAAUAUCUUCCCUCUCAUUUGAAAAGAUGUUUUGCAUAUUGUUCAAUUUUUCCAAAGGAUUUCCCACUUGAUAAGAAGACAUUGGUUUUGUUGUGGAUGGCAGAAGGCUUCCUCGAUUGUUCUCAAGAGGGAAAAAUGGCAGAGGAAGUAGGUGAUGACUGCUUUGCUGAAUUGUUGUCCAGAUCCUUAAUUCAGCAAUCAAAUCAUGUUGGUCGUGGAAAAAAGUUUUUCAUGCAUGACCUUGUCAACGAUUUAGCUACAAUCGUAUCUGGAAAAAGUUGUUACAGGCUUGAAUGUGGUAAUGUCUCUAAAAAUGUCCUCCAUUUGUCAUAUACCCAAGAAGUGUAUGACAUUUUCAUGAAGUUUAAAAGUUUCAACAAUUUUAAAUGCUUGUGAAGCUUCAUGCCCAUUUGCUUAUGGAGAGAACAAAAUUACUUAUCCACCAAGGUAGUUGAUGAUUUGCUACCAACACUCAAAAGGUUGCGUGUGUUAUCGCUGUCAAAGUAUACAAAUAUCACCAAGCUACCUGAUUAAAUUGGCAAUUUGGUGUAGUUGCGGUAUCUAGAU